AUGACUUCGAAUUAUUGGUUAGCUUCUUCUGGCCAUUCUUAUCAAUCUGUUGUAGCUAUAGCUAUAGUUAGAGAAUCCCAGAGAAUAUUUUUUGUUCAUCUCUUCGGAACUUUUCUCUCGUGGAAAUUAACAGCUCUGAUAUGUUCGAUGUUUGCAGUAAUAGCUCAAAUAGUAAUACCGUUUACUGCCGAAUCGCCAUCGUGGUUACUCAGCAAAGACAAGGUAGAGGAAGCAAAAAAAUCUUUCCUAUGGUGUCGAGGAGAUUCAGAAGAAGCGACCAAAGAAUUUGAGGCAAUGUUGAGCCAAAAGGAUGAACAGGAAAAAGAUAAAGAACAAACUAAAUUUAAACAUCUUUUCGUUCCGGAGUUCUUAAAACCCUUAGGUAUCCUCUGCGUCUACAUAUCAGCAAACCAGUGGAGUGGAAUAAAUGCGAUGCCCUUUUACUAUGUCCGUAUUAUGAAGGAAACUAUCGGUGAAGAUAUAAACGACUACGUUGCAACGUUAGUGGUGGACGCUGUUAGAUGUUUUAUGUCAUUACUGGCUUCUGCGCUUUUAAAAAGAUACAAUCGUAGGCCUCUUGCAAUUAUUAGUGGUUUUGGAGCUGCCGUUUCACUAUUUGUACUAAGUUUUUAUACUUACAUAAUAACAGCCUUCCCGACCAUACGUUCGGGCUAUAUUCCGAUGGCAUGUUUAGUUUCUUUUAUGAUUUUUGUAUGCAUUGGGUUUCAACCAUUACCGUGGUCUUUGGUAGGUGAAUUAUUUCCCAUAAAAUCUAGAAGUAUUGGAGGCGGAUUAACAUCUUGUGUAGCUUUUCUAGCCUUACUUUCAAUAGUCAAGACUAUGCCCGAUUUAUUUGAGAUGUAUACUAUCAGUGGCGUGUUUCUAAUCUUUGGGAUAGUGAGUUUGGGUGCUACUAUAUUUGUGUGUUUUUUCCUACCUGAAACUAAAGACAAGACCUUGCAGGAAAUCGAGGAAGAAUUUAGAGGCAAGGAGAAAAAAUUUAUAGAAAAUUCUCGAAUUUAA